AUGGACCUCUACUCCUCUGAGAACGAAACUGGAGAGCACGAUUCGGAUGUGGACGACUCUCUCACUGUAUACAAAUCCCCUCCCGGAGGUAGUCCUGGAUUUAUCUUUCACUCACCCACCUAUUCAGGUACCGACAAGGAUGGCUGCUUGGAUUCAAUGGGGGAACCUGUCUUCGACAUCGAGUCCUACACAGAUGUCACAAAGUCGGGAUGCGACCUUCCGCUGGAGUAUUGCUCACAAACUGUGUCUGGCUCAGGUCAGGCUAUCCAACCAUUCUCGAAACACAGGCACAGUCUCUGCUCCUGGCGGAUGAAGCUCCCUUUUUCACAAUAUCUGUUCCCUGGAUUCAGCUGUCAUUGGUGAAUGGGCUUUACGUUCUAUAUAUGUAUUAGGCAACGCUAAAAGUUUACGGUGGUCUAGACGAAGAUGGGUGGUAUUUCUUUGUAUGGAUGCCUAGAUUUCAGACCUCAAAUUCAAAGACCUGGGUCCCUUGGCUUAUGGCCUACUCUUGAGAGUAACAUUCUUCAGAAAGUCAUGAACCUAGGGACCUAGAUGCCUCACCCAAUUAUAACCUAUAACCGCUCAACAAGGCCUGAUUCUGUUUCCACCUGUCUACUCUUCGGCCCACAUUCAACUCAUUUGCGUUCCUACGACCAACGACUGCUCUUCUUCGUUUAUACAGGUUCCAAUUACCCCAUGGAUCCGGACCUUCUAUCGCUCUUCGACAAUGAUGCCUUCGGACGGAAAUCUCAACCUCUAUUUACGUUCCCCUCAUUUUUGUAUCUCAAGGCUUCACAGUCUCCCAGGGUAGUAAAUCCUAAUUUCGCCCCACGGAUACGGUUCUUGGAACUCUGA